AUGGCGUCUCGUAAAACGCAACAAGAGAUCGAAAAGACCUUCAAAAAAGUCGCCGAAGGCAUCCAAACAUUCGAAGGCAUAUACGAGAAGAUCCGCUCCGCCAACAACCCCACUCAGCGAGACAAGCUCGAGGAGAACUUGAAGCGCGAAAUUAAGAAGCUACAAAGGUUUCGGGAUCAAAUCAAGUCAUGGGCGGCCGGCAAUGAGGUCAAGGACAAGGCUCCGCUGCUAGAGCAGCGGAAAGCAAUUGAGACAUGUAUGGAGCAGUUCAAGGCCGUCGAGAAGGAGAUGAAGACGAAAGCCUACUCUAAAGAGGGUCUCUCAGCAGCCUCCCGACUUGAUCCCAAGGAGAAGGAGAAAGUGGAGGCGUGUGAUUUCCUGUCGUCGAUGGUGGAUGACCUUCAAUUGAGGAUCGAAGCCAUGGAGGCGGAAGAGGAGACCCUACAAGCGCAGAUGAAGAAGGGUAAGAAGGAUAUGUCGAAGGCGAACCGCAUGGCCGAUAUCUCCCGAGUAACGGAACGCCAUAAGUGGCACGUCAACAAGCUUGAGUUCUUGCUUCGGUCCUUGCAAAAUGGCAAUCUCGACGUGGGCGCAGUCCAAGAUCUCAAUGAGGGUAUCAAGUACUACGUUGAGGAAGGGCACAACCCUGACUACUGCGGAGAAGAUGAGACAUUAUAUGAUGACUUGAAUAUCGGCGACGAAGUAGAGGGUCAGCUUGGCGCCGGCGACGAUCCAUUAUCAUCGCAAGAUGCCCAGUCCCUUCCGGACGAAGAACCGGAGCCCAAACCCAAGCCCAAGCCCGAACCUACAACGGCCCGUCGCCCGUCUGCGCAGAUGAAGUCUCCUCUCCCUGUCCUCGCCACCCUUCAUCCCUCCACAUCCUCCAAUGGGGGACCGGGCAUGAAACCAGCACCGCUCCCAACUCGUCUACCUGGAGAAACGUUGAAAUAUGCCUCAGCUGCGGCAUCUGCUGCGGCAGCAGAUAAAAGCGGAGUGGGAAUUCUACCUUUGCCCCCACCACCCGGUACUAGCCCUGCGUUCUCUCAUGUCCUGCCCACCGGCAAGGCUUCCUCUACGGCCUCGCCAAUCGUGGCGUCUGUGCAACCGAUCUCCAAACCAACGCCAGCCGUGGCAACUGCUACGUCGAUUGAUGAACCUGCCGUUGCUGUUGCCGCUGCCGUUGCAGGUCGAUCGAAGGCCCCCAGUGGUGCUGCCAUCUCCGGUACAUCAUCACCUGCACCUAUCGAGAAAGCUGAGACGAGUAAGGACACGUCAAGGAAAAACAGCAGAGUAACAACAAGGGAAGCAAGCGAGGCCGAUGCUGCCGAUCUGCAAGACCUGACCCAAUCAUUCGAACUGACCAAGGAACGCUCCACCAUCCACUCAUCACCUGCCGUACAACGAUUGCUAGCGACAUCACUCACCACCUGCCCGGAGGCUGGUGAUGCCGAGAAGCCACGUCAUUACAAGCCGCAGAACCCGUACAACACCCCCCUCUACUACCCCCAAGAGCCCCUCUCAAUAUUCGACGACCCCCGACUGUACGAUACCGGACGGAUUGACACGGACACGUUGUUCUACCUGUUCUAUUAUCGCCAAGGGACGUAUCAACAGUACCUGGCCGCCAAGGCAUUGAAGAACCAGAGCUGGCGCUUCCAUAAGCAAUACCAGACGUGGUUCCAAAGACACGAGGAGCCAAAGAACAUCACGGAGGAGUUCGAGCAGGGCACCUACCGGUUUUUCGACUACGAAAGUACAUGGUUAGUUCAAAGAUCUCCGCCUCCUGUAUCCGCCAGGCAGACCAUUCCGCAACACGUGCUCACCACAGUGCCCGACAGGAUGAACCGGCGCAAGGCUGACUUCAAGUUCGUGUACAAAUAUCUGGAGGACGAAUUAUGA